UGUAGAAGUGGAGCGGUCGCGGCGGCAGCAGCAGCAGCGACGGUGGCGGCGGAGGUGAGGCGGGCUGGGCUCUGACGCGGGCGCUGGAGAGCGGCGACGCCAGGAGCUGUAAGAGAGCGGCGGAGCGACCUGGGGCCCGCGUCGAGUCCGAGCUCCACGCCGCCCGGCCGCCGCCUCCCCGGCGCGGCAUGCCCCGCCGCUCGGGCUGAGCCUGCCCCGGCGGCCGCCCCCCGCCCCCCGCCUCCCCGCCCCCCGCCCCGCACUCGGUGCCGGCCGCCGCCGCGACCUGCUGCGCUACCCCGCGCCCGCGCGGCCCGUCUUCGCCCCGGUCUGGAGGCCCGCCGCGGCCCCGGCCGAGCCCCUGCCGCCGCGCCCGCAGCCCCGCCGCGCCGCGCCGCCCGCCCGCGCCCGCGCCGGCCGGGGGGACCUGCUGCCGCGGCUGCAGCCCCUCGCCCCGCGCCCGCCGCCCCUCGUGCACCGGGGGCGCUGCGCGGGCGCCGAGCCUUCGCGGGCUUUGCCGCCGCCGCCACCGCCUUUGCGGCCGCCGCCGCCGCUGGUGGGGGAGACGCGGGGUUGGGGGGGGAGGAGGGCGCGCGUGGUGCCGGCGGGGGGCGGCGGCGCCCCCUCCUCCUCCUCCUCCUCCUCCUCCGGCGCCGCGGGCUCCUCGGACAUGGCCGCGGCGGUGGCGGUGGCGGCCGCGUCCCGGCGGCAGUCGUGCUACCUGUGUGACCUGCCCCGCAUGCCCUGGGCCAUGAUCUGGGACUUCACCGAGCCCGUGUGCCGCGGCUGCGUCAACUACGAGGGCGCCGACCGCGUCGAGUUCGUCAUCGAGACGGCGCGGCAGCUCAAGCGGGCGCACGGCUGCUUCCCGGAGGGCCGCUCCCCGCCCGGCGCCGCGGCCCCGGCCGCCGCCAAGCCGCCGCCGCUCUCGGCCAAGGACAUCCUCCUGCAGCAGCAGCAGCAGCAGCUCGGCCACGGGGGCCCCGAGGCGGCCCCGCGCGCGCCGCAGGCCCUGGAGCGCUACCCACUGGCGGCCGCGGCCGAGCGGCCCCCGCGCCUCGGCUCUGACUUCGGCGGGAGCCGCCCGGCCGCGGGCCUGGCCCAGCCGCCGACGCCGCAGCCGCCGCCGGUGAACGGCAUCUUGGUGCCCAACGGCUUCUCCAAGCUGGAGGAGCCGCCCGAGCUCAACCGGCAGAGCCCGAACCCGCGGCGCGGCCACGCCGUGCCGCCCACCCUGGUGCCGCUCAUGAACGGCUCGGCCACGCCGCUGCCCGCCGCGCUCAGCCUGGGCGGCCGCGCCGCCGCCUCGCUGGCCGCGGUGUCCGGAGCCGCGGCCGCCGGCCUGGGCUCCGCGCAGCCCGCCGACCUGGGCGCCCACAAGCGGCCGGCGUCCGUGUCGAGCAGCGCGGCGGCGGAGCACGAGCAGCGCGAGGCGGCCGCCAAGGAGAAGCAGCCGCCGCCGCCCGCGCACCGGGGCCCGGCCGACAGCCUGGCCACUGCGGCCGGGGCCGCGGAGCUGGGUGCCGAAGGGGCGAGCAAGGGCCGCGGGCCUGGAGAGCAGGACUGGGUCAACAGGCCCAAGACCGUGCGCGACACGUUGCUGGCGCUGCACCAGCACGGCCACUCGGGGCCCUUCGAGAGCAAGUUUAAGAAGGAGCCGGCCCUGACUGCAGGCAGGUUGUUGGGUUUCGAGGCCAACGGGGCCAACGGGUCUAAAGCAGUUGCAAGAACAGCAAGGAAAAGGAAGCCUUCCCCAGAACCAGAAGGUGAAGUGGGGCCCCCUAAGAUCAACGGAGAGGCCCAGCCAUGGCUGUCCACAUCCACGGAAGGGCUCAAGAUCCCCAUGACUCCUACGUCGUCUUUUGUGUCUCCACCGCCACCCACUGCCUCACCUCAUUCCAACCGGACCACACCGCCCGAAGCGGCCCAGAAUGGCCAGUCCCCCAUGGCAGCCCUGAUCUUAGUAGCAGACAAUGCAGGGGGCAGUCAUGCCUCGAAAGAUGCCAACCAGGUUCACUCCACUACCAGGAGGAAUAGCAACAGUCCGCCCUCGCCGUCCUCUAUGAACCAAAGAAGGCUGGGCCCCAGAGAGGUGGGGGGCCAGGGGGCAGGCAGCACGGGAGGACUGGAGUCGGUGCACCCUGCCAGCCUCCCGGACUCCUCUCUGGCUGCCAGUGCCCCGCUGUGCUGCACCCUCUGCCACGAGCGGCUGGAGGACACCCACUUUGUGCAGUGCCCGUCCGUCCCUUCGCACAAGUUCUGCUUCCCUUGCUCCAGACAAAGCAUCAAACAGCAGGGAGCUAGUGGAGAGGUCUAUUGUCCCAGUGGGGAAAAAUGCCCUCUUGUGGGCUCCAAUGUCCCCUGGGCCUUUAUGCAGGGGGAAAUUGCAACCAUCCUUGCUGGAGAUGUGAAAGUGAAAAAAGAGAGAGACUCGUGACUUUCCGGUUUCAGAAAAACCCAAUGAUUACCUUUAAUUAAAACUGCUUGAAUUGUAUAUAUAUCUCCAUAUAUAUAUAUCCAAGACAAGGGAAAUGUAGACUUCAUAAACAUGGCUGUAUAAUUUUGAUUUUUUUUGAAUACAUUGUGUUUCUAUAUUUUUUUGACGACAAAAGGUAUGUACUUAUAAAGGCAUUUUUUUCUUUUGUUAACGUUAUUAGCAUAUCUUUGUGCUUUAUUAUCCUGGUGACAGUUACUGUUCUAUGUAGGCUGUGACUUGCACUGCUUUUUUAGAGCACUUGGCAAAUCAGAAAUGCUUCUAGCUGUAUUUGUAUGCACUUAUUUUAAAAAGAAAAAAAAAGCCAAAUACAUUUUCUGACAUUGUAAGAUUGCCUUACUGUCUGUUAUUCCCUAUUGCUGGCCCCUUUCUCAGGCCGGAGGCCAAUUGGUGGAGAAGGAAAGGAAAUGAGUGAAGGGGCACUGUUGUCAAGUGGGCAUGCCACUGGGAUAUGUCACCAGGUUUACCCUGAAACGUCCUCUCAGAGGAAUAGGAGAAUAGGUUUUGAAUCUCUAUUUUGUUCUUAAAGUUAAGUUCUUGGGAUAUCGAUGACUGAGAGGUGCUGCUGGGAGAUUUUCAGGAUUGUGUAGUCUUGUGGGGGGUACUUUUUUUUUUAAAGACAAAGUUGACCGCUGUUCACUGGCCACGUGAUCAGUUGUAAGAUUACAAUGCUGCAUGCUAGUUGGUUACAUAAGACACGAUUCCAGUGAUGGAAGGCGGUCAUAACGGAUGGUGGUGUGUACAAGAUGGCACUGCCAUCUCUGAGCAGAGCCUGGCUCUGCAGCGCCACUUCGUCUUUUUCAACACCCUAGAGCUCUGUUUGUUGUUGCUGUUGUCCUUUCCUUUGAAAGAGUUGCAAGGGAAGUUACAGUCCGGGUGAACUUGGAGAUUGUGGGAUUGGUUUUGUUUCCGUUUUGUGUUUUGUUUUGUUUUUUAUCAUUUACCUGUAGUGCUAUUGCUGUUGAUACUAUCACCUACACCCCGUUUCUAGUGAGUGCUAAAUACAGUAUGGUACAAUGACAGUAACAGCCACAUGGUGCUGCCAGGACUGCCCGUGGGCAUAUCAGUGACAGCCCAAAUGUGGGUGGAGGAAACCUGUAAUUUCCUUCUUACAUGUGUUUGAAAUACCAAGUGAAUAAUACUGUUCUUCUGGAAAAAAAUGAUAAACUAGUGAAAAUUAAAGAAAUUAAGGGUUUUAUAGUAGACAGGCCCCACCUCUCACAACUAUUUUUGGAAGCCUUUUGUAAACUAAUUUCUUUUGAUCGCUAUUUUGCAUCAGUAAAAUGAUUUUUUUAAGCCAAUAAAUCAUCAGUUAUUAGAAAUAGUUGUCUCACAGUGAUACUGGUUUUUCUUUUGUGCUGUUAUGAUUUAACAUUGACAGGAACACUAUUUUAAAUCCUUAUGUUCAGGUGUUUGUAACUUGGCCUUUUAAUUAGGCUGAAUGAUGGCUUCAAGGUCUACUACAAUUUAUGUGUAUGGUUCACAGCCUAGUUUCUAGUUUAAUUUGAAAGUACAGAUUGUUACCAUCUUUGGAUUCUUUUUUAGUUAUGUGUUUGUCUUUUUUAAAUUGCUCAAAAUAUUUUUUCAUGGUCAAGUUACUAUCACACUUGAAAAUCAGAUACUGCACCAAAUACAGUAUUUUUUUGUAGUGUUUUUAAUGAGUGCACCUACUAUUAUUAAUGCUGUGGGAAUUCAUGUUACCGGCCAUUGUUAUAUUACAAACAGACUUGCAUGAUUAACCAGUUUGUUGUUACACAUUUUUUUUUAAAUUGGAGUAUAUAUGACUCAGAUCAGACUGGUCUCUCUUAUGUGAAUGCACACAUGCAGAAACACAAAGUCGAUUUUACAUGCCCGUAGAGACAUUUGUAAAGAAUUCAGCUAUUAUGGUCUGUUGUAUAAAUGUGUAUCUAGGCACUUUAUUAUAACUGGAAUUUGACCUCAUAGAUGUUACAACUUGAUCAGUCAUUUGACCCAGUUUGUGGUAGCUGUCUGUAUGUUUUGCAAUCUUAAUACAGAUAAGCUUUCCAAAAAAGAUUAAUAAAGAACCAUCCUGCUGUUUUGGAUAAGUCUAUCCAGCUGUGGAAAAGGCAACCUAUGGUUUCUCUGUGCUGGUGUUUAAGGGGGAGAGUAUGAACAGCUUCAAAGGGCUGUGUAUUGCGGUUACUACUAUUAAAAAAUAAGAUCUGCACGAGUCUGACUGGCCCUUGGGUGGCCUUCGUGGAAGGCUUGUAGCUGGAAAGUGUUGAUCUGGGUUAUUUUUCUGGCAUUCUUUGAAGUUAAAAAGUUAACGUUGGGACAUGGGUUUGAUCUUUCGUUGUACCUGAUGACAGUGCAGAGAUUCUCCACAGCUGGAUAAAAAUGUCAGAAAGCUACUUAUACUGUACAUGGGCAGUAUCAGAUUUCAAAUCCUAAUAUUUCAGCUGUGCUUUUAAUACUCAAAAUAUUAGGGGAUGGGGUGUUGAAGCUUUCCCUUUUUUGCUUUAACAAUUUAUAGAAUUUAACAGAUGUACUGUCUUUCAUGUGGCCUCACAUAUAAAGUUAUGAGAACGUACACAUGGUUUACAACUUUUACUAUAUACCUUUCCUUGGCCACCAAGUAUUUUAAAAGUGUGCCACCUUUUAACCUUUACUUUUUUUUAAGUUGAAGGUGAUACUUUUUCUAUAUAUGAUGAAACUCAUGUCAACUGAAGUGAGUGUAAUCUCAGAUAUCAACAUUAUUAUAUUUUAAAAUCACGCUAUGGAAAUAUCACCUGCAUUCUGUUAUUUGUCAGAUUUACAGUACCUUUUUUUUCUUUAACUUUUAGCAUUAAAUAAAAAUAAAAUUGGGAGCACUGAA